AUGAAAGGUGGACUUCGCAAAUUGAUUGGUGAACUUGGGAGGGCGUACGUCAGUAGGUACGAGGGCUCGCCGGCAAUCGGUCAGUGGUUGAUAAAAGACCCUAAUAAGGAAAGCGCUCAAAAAGUGCAGGACUACGAUCAAAAUAUGAUUCUGACGACUGACGGAAGACACGGUGCGAAAGUGUUUUUGACUUGCGCGACGAUGCUUUUUAAUGAGUCGCAUCAUUUGUUCUACCACGGCGGUAAAGAGUGGCGUAAAAUUCGUGUACAAACGAAAACUGAUAAUGAUGUGAAUGACCUACAGAAAUAUUUACUAAAAUCCGGUUACCAAAUUCCGAGUCUCAUCAACGAAAACAACACCGGUCGAGAUGUCGCGGUGCGUUUAAGUAGAGUGUUCAGAAAUCAUGGUGAAUUCAAUAGAGAGCCUACCGACUUUAAAUCUUGGGAAGACUACAAAGAGUACUAUAGACACGGUAAAGGUAUUCUAUUGAAACUGUUCACCCACCUACACGAAUACUACGAAGUCUGCCACUACGGUACCAUGUUCGCCACCAAGCAACCGUCGAGCGUAUACGAAAUGCUGCUAUGGUUGUCCGGUUUUCCAUACAAUCCUGUCUACCAACCGUUGUCAUUUAACGGAUUCAGUGAGCUGUUUGAGAAGGAGGAGAACAACGCUGCUAACAGUGAGGGGGACGAAAUCUUGCUUGAAACCGACGACGCCGAUAGUCUGCCUGCCUAC